AUGAAAUUAUUGUUUACAAUUUUAUUAUUAAUUUCAACAUUUUUUUUUACAAAUGCUGAAAAUUCAUCUUCAACAGUACCAAGUUCAACCCAAACUAGUGGUAAACCUCUCAUUGAAGUGGUAGAAGGCCUAGUUUAUCAAACCGCAGACCGUCAAUACUUUAGAGCUUAUAUUAUCAACAAUACCGAAUACCUCGAAUUCCAUAAUGUUACCAUUGGUUGUUUAGAUUGCUAUGGUAAUUCUGAUCAAUAUGAAGUUAGCCCACCAUUAAUUAAGAAUUCUGAUGGUACCUAUACCUUACCAACAUUACAUAAGAAAUCUUACGAAACUUUUGCAUACAAUGGACCACAUAGUGCAAAAUGGUAUGUCAUUUCAUCUCAAUAGAAUCAAUAAAUUUGAUUUUUAAAACAAUAUUGAUUAAAAAAUAAAUAUAAAAAUUAAAGUUUUUUUAUAGAAUUAUUAUUAUUUUCUUUAAAAAAAUAAUUAU